GGGAACGAUGGAGCACAGGGGAUGGGGCGGGAUCUUGGCUCCUAAUAAUGCGUCCUUAUCCAAUGAAAAGCAUUUCCUAUUGAGACCCCCAAGAGCUCCCCCAGCUCUCAGCUCCAGCCCGGACUUUGGGCCCUUUCUUGUGUCCUGUUUGUUAAAGGCAUGCCGGCAACAGCAUUCUAGAGGCCAGUGCUUAACAAAGGGAAAGAGAUAAAUGUAAAUAGGCUCACAUUUUCAGGAUGAGCGGUCUGCAGUAAGAAGCUGCGGCAGCUGAGAGCCUGCUACUUUUGGGCUGGGCUAACCUUUCCCUUUUUAAAAAAAAAUGGAUAAAAAUAUGCACUUUCAAAGUGCGAGUUGCCCGUUUACAUGUUUACUAGCUAACUGUCUGCAGGCAUGAGCACACUCUCUCAUCUAGCACACUCUUUCUUGGGAGUGAAAAAAAGACCAGACAACUCCAAAGAUUGGACUAUUUCAGAGCUCGGAAGAAAAUAUUUCUUACCAGUCCGUAGUCUCAGAGUGGUGAACUCCUGCAGCUAGCAGGCCUCCUGAAAGAUCCAUGGGUGACAGGAGAUUCAUUGACUUCCAAUUCCAAGAUUUAAAUUCAAGCCUCAGACCCAGGUUGGGCAAUGUUACUGCCAAUAAUACUUGCAUUGUUGAUGAUUCCUUCAAGUAUAAUCUGAAUGGUGCUGUCUAUAGUGUUGUAUUCAUCCUGGGUCUGAUAACGAACAGUGCCUCCCUGUUUGUCUUCUGCUUCCGCAUGAAAAUGAGAAGUGAGACCGCCAUUUUCAUCACCAAUCUGGCUCUCUCUGAUUUGCUUUUUGUUUGCACCCUACCUUUCAAGAUAUUUUACAACUUCAACCGCCACUGGCCUUUUGGUGACACCCUCUGCAAGAUUUCUGGGACUGCAUUCCUUACCAAUAUCUAUGGGAGCAUGCUUUUCCUCACCUGUAUUAGUGUGGAUCGUUUCCUGGCCAUUGUUUAUCCCUUUGGAUCUCGUACCAUUAGGACCAGGAGGAAUUCAGCCAUUGUGUGCGCUGGGGUUUGGAUCUUAGUCCUCAGUGGUGGUAUUUCAGCCUCUUUGUUCUCCACCACUAAUGUCAACAAUGCAACCACCACCUGCUUUGAGGGCUUCUCCAAACGUGUCUGGAAGACCUAUCUGUCCAAGAUAACCAUAUUUAUUGAAGUUGUUGGGUUCAUUAUUCCUCUAAUAUUAAAUGUCUCUUGCUCUUCUGUGGUGCUGAGAACCCUCCGCAAGCCUGCUACACUGUCUCAAAUUGGGACCAACAAGAAAAAAGUAUUGAAGAUGAUCACAGUGCAUAUGGCAGUUUUUGUGGUAUGCUUUGUGCCCUACAACUCAGUCCUUUUUCUGUAUGCCUUGGUGCGUUCGCAAGCCAUUACCAAUUGCUUGUUGGAAAGAUUUGCAAAGAUCAUGUACCCAAUCACUUUGUGCCUUGCCACUCUGAACUGUUGCUUUGAUCCUUUCAUCUAUUACUUCACUCUUGAGUCCUUCCAGAAGUCCUUCUAUAUUAAUACCCUUAUCAAGAUGGAGUCCCUGUUUAAGACUGAAACACCUCUGACCACAAAGCCUUCCCUUCCAGCUAUUCAAGAGGAAGUUAGUGAUCAAACAAUGAAUAAUGGUGGCGAAUUAAUGCUAGAAUCCACUUUCUAGGUACGACAACUGUCUUUGGGUCCAGAUAUGUAUUUUCCUGUGCUAUGAAUAACAGAAGAGAUUUAAAGGUAAUGAGAAUGAGAAUAGAAUAAUGUACUGAAUACAGUCAGAUACAUUUGUUUGAACAUUUAUUGUACAUAUGCUGUUUUGUUCAAUAAUUAUAGGUCGAGUCUAAUUACAGCCAAAAGGGAUUGCCAAACUCUUUUGCUGGGAUGGAAUUUCAGUGUAUCACAUUAUAUAAGUGGCUGGUAGCCUUGACUUUAGAGAUAUGGAUAUUACUUAAAACCUUUAAAAUGGUAUUUUCAUUCCAAUAAUAUUUGGUAAUUGGGUUGGGCCUAUAAAUAUAGAACAAAUUCAGGGAUUUUUUUUUUUAAUUUGUGUUACUACUGAUAUAUGCUAGUCCUUUUCUUUUUUGAAUUGUCAUUGAGUUUGUUUUAUCACAAGAACAUAUUUUAGCCUAACAUUAUUAGUAAGAAAUGUAUCAAAUUCCAAAAAGCUGGCAAAAUUCGUUGUGUGUAUUUUGAAAGCAGAAAAAGAAACUGUGUUUGCAUGAAUAUGGGUGGGAAGAAACAGAAUUAACUGGAUUUACACAUUUGUAGUCACCAGCAGUAUCAGUUUUUAAAAACCUGUCUUCUAUUUUUUACACUACAUUAGGAUUUUCAUAUGGAAAUUCCAAGCCAGAAAGCAGAUAAAUAUGUGCCCAAGAUAGGCAGAAAAUGGAAAAUCAAAUAAAACAACAAAAUGUCAAUAAAAACACUAAACACCACCAAAUAUCUUUACUUAAAACUUCCAUUUAUCUGUGUUUCCGGAGACUGGGUUCUACAAAAUAUUGACUUUUUGUAUGAAAUUUUGGAACACAUUGUAGCCAGAAAGCUGCUGAAUUUGUGUCCAGGUCAGGAGCAAAGUGAAAAAAAUAAAUAAAGCAACAAAAUAAUAACAAAAAUGUUCUUAAAAUUUGCAUUAAUUUCUUUGGGAGAGGGGGGAUAGAGAUCUGUAACUUUAGAAUACCAAUUCUUCAUAUUAAAUUUUGGAGCACAAUAUAUCCAGAGAGCUGGUGAAUUUGUGCCCACGUCUAAAACAAAUUGAAAAAUAAAAUGAACAAACCAAAAAACCCACAAAAUUACAUUAAUAUUUUAUUUAUCCUUUGAGAAUUAUAAAUUUAAAAAUACUGUACUGUCUUUUGUACUAAAUUUUGAGGCACAAUGCAGCAAGGAUGGUGAGACUACGUCUCACAUACUUUGGACAUGUUAUCAAGAGAGAUCAGUUCCUGGAGAAGGACAUCAUGCUUUGUAGAGGGCCAGCCAAAAAGAGGAAGACCCUGAACAAGAUGGAUUGACACAGUGGCUGCAAUGAUGGGAUCGAGCACAGCAAGAAUUGUGAGGAUGGUGCAGGACCGGGCUGUGGUUUCAUCAUGGUGUACGUUGGGUCACUAUGAGUCAGAAUCAGCUCGACUGCACCUGACAACAACAACAACAAAAAUGCAACUGGAAAUCUGUAAAUUUGUGCCCAGAUCAGGAGAGAAUUGAAAGAUAAAUAAAUAAAACAAAAUGAAAUUUAAAAAACCACAAAAAAUUAGAACUUCCUUUUUUGAGGACCAGUAAACUUACAAAUACUGUACUAUAACUUUCAUAUAAUAUUUUGGAUCAUAACGCAGCUAGGAAGCUGCCAAGAGGGGAAUUUUUUUUUUUUUGCUUUGUUUUUGGUUUUUAAAAUUUAAAAUUACAAAAUAAUAACAAAAAGUAAAAAUUUUAACACGAAAAAGAAAUUCUUAAAAAUUUCAUUAGCCUUUAUUUUUCUUUCUGAUGAUAUAUAAAUUUAAUAACACUAAAAUUUUUAAGUAAAAACCUUUGUGCAUAACGUAACUUUAAAAACUGCUAAAUCUGUGCCAUGGAGCCCUGGUGGUAUAGUGGUUAAGAGCUUGGCUGCUAACCAAAAGAUCGGCAGCUCAAAUUCAUUCACCAGCCGCUCCUUGGAAACCCUAUGAGGCAGUUCUACCCUGUCCUGUAGGGUCGGUAUGAAUCAGAAUCAACUCGACAGCACCCGAAAACAACAACAAAAUUUGUGCCUGAGUUAGGAAGUAAUCGAAAAAAUACAAAAACGACAAAACAAUAAUGAAAGUGAAUUCUCAAAAUUUGCAUUAUUUUUCCUCCAUGAUUUAAAGUCCUAAAAAUAAUCAUACAUUGUAUUGUCUUGUGAUGAAAGGUUAUAGAUGAAAUAUAUAAGAUGCUAAGUAGUCUGAGUUAGAUGAAAUUAGGUUAAUUCAGUUGUUAGGUUCAGUUACAUUGUAAGGUCAAAUUAGCAAUCAAAGUAUGAAUAAUGUUUUUGUUCCCUUUGGUAUUCUUUCUUUUCCAUUUCUUGUAAGUGUAAAUUAUAUGUGAACUAUUGCUUGUGCUCUUGGCUCUUAAAAUUAUGAAAUUUUAAGAUUAUGACAUCAAAUUAUUUAAUAAGACAUCUUAAUCAAAUUGACAAAAAUAUAUCAAUAAAUCAUUUUCCUUUUGUGUAAUUUCCAUUUUUAGUUUUGUUUAUUUUUCAA